AAAAAGCGGGGUUGAGGGAGGCUGUCGUGAAGGUACGAAGGAGAGGGAGAAGGGGGGCAAUGUUUAAAAAAAAAUCAUCGAUUAAAAAGGAUUUUUAUUAAAGACUCCCCCCCACCCCAUUAUUUUGAAGUGCGUGGUACAAAAAUAAAAAUUGUAAAAUCCCUGCGUAAACGGAGAAAAUCCAAGUUAUAUGAAUUUUCAUUAUUGUUCAUUUGAGUGCAUGGCACCCAUACUUUCAAAAUCUACCGUUAGAUGUAUUAACGUAUCAUUCAUUGCUGACCACUGUUGCUGAGCGCAUCGCCUACAGAAAAGUUUUAAACAGCAAAAAUGCCAUUGGAAAAUGGAUGGUUUCGAGAAGAGUGUGACCUGUGGUCUGGUUAUAGCAUGUGCCUUCAAGUAGAUGAAGUGCUCUACCAUGAGAAAUCAAAGUUUCAAGAUAUUAUGGUAUUUAAGAGCAAGAGGUUUGGAAAUGUUCUGGUCUUGGAUGGGCUAAUUCAGUGUUCUGAAAAAGAUGAAUUUGCCUAUCAGGAAAUGAUUGCAAAUAUUCCAUUAUAUUCACACCCAUCUCCAGAAAAUGUCCUUAUUAUUGGAGGAGGAGAUGGAGGAGUGGUUCGUGAAGUUGUGAAACAUCCUUCAGUCAAGAAAGUUGUACUGUGCGAAAUUGAUGAGGAAGUUUGUAAUGUCAGCAAAAAAUAUCUUCCUGGAAUGGCUGUUGGUCUGUCUCAUCCCAAGUUAGAAUUAUGUAUUGCUGAUGGUGUUGAAUACCUUGAAAAAUGUGAAGGAAAAUUUGAUGUCAUCAUUACUGAUUCCACAGAUCCUGUUGGGCCAGCUGAGGGUUUAUUCGAACUACGAUUUUAUAAGUUAAUUCACAAAGCAUUGAAACCAGAUGGCAUUAUGUGUAACCAAGGUGAAAAUAUUUGGUUAGAUAAAGAGUUAAUUCAAGAUGUUCUGAAGAAAUGCCGGGCAGUAUUUCCAUGUGUGUCAUAUGCAAAUUGCACCCUUGCAACUUAUGCCUGUGGGCAAAUUGGUUUAGUUCUUUGCAGCAACACGAUGAGAGAUUUAUCUAAACCAGUUCGAACUUUGACAGAAGAUGAAGUUGAUGCCAAUGGUUACAAAUACUACAAUUCAGCUGUCCACAGUGCCUCUUUUGUAUUGCCCAAUUUUGCUCAUAAGGCUUUUGGACUUCCAAUUAAGAGCUAGCUGAAUGUUCUUACCAUUUUUGUCGUGUGAAAAAUAAAUGGAAAGCAGAAUUAUUUCAAGUGCAUUUUUUUUUUUGUUUGUUUACUCUGUUCAGACGUGUGAAAGAACUCUUUCAUAGAUAUAUAUAUAUAUAUAUAUACAUAUAUAUAUAAUAACAUUUUUAAGUUGAUCUUUAAAAAUCAUUUCAAAAAGAACUAUUAUUCAAAUUGUUUAAAUGAAAUGAUGUUAGGAAAAUAGUUGAUACAUUGUUUUUUUAGAUAUAUAUUAGUCUUUUUUAACAUUUAAUAAAAUCUGUAAUUUAAUAGAAUCUUUGACAUUUAUGAAAUUUACUGUGUGCUGGCAGCAUUUUCAUUAGUUUCACGGAAAUUGCAAUAAAUGAAAACAGUCUCAGAUUUCUAAGACUGUAUUAAAGUCAUUAUCAAUAUUACUUUUCCCCCAUCUUCGACUCCCACCAUCACUACAUGCAUGCGUGUGCACACACACAUUCGCUCUUUCUCUAUCUCUCACUCGUGUUUACCAAGAAUUCAGUUACAGGUGAUGAUGCAUUUGCAUCUAUAUACACCAGAAUUUAUGCAGUUGCAACAUUCUAGCUUGUGUGCAUGUCCAUGACAAAGUAAAGAAAUUGUUUUUGCAAGUGAUCAAUUAAUUGUUAUAAAUUGUCUUUUUUUGUUUGGUUAUUUUAUGUUGAAUAUUUUAACAUUUAAUGAAAUGGGGGACAAUUUUUAAACUAAAUUGAAAACUGAAAAUGUUUAGAAACCUGAUUUGCUAACUGGCAGAUUCUGCAUGUACAUAAGUGUUGAAAAGUUAGCAACAAGACAUCUAAUUUGUAAUAUCAAUUGUGUUAAGCAUUCACAUUUCCAAUUUGAAUAAAAAUACUCCAUUGAAUAUAUUGAAGAGUGGGGCAAACAAUAUAUCUGCUUUGAAUAAAAAAAGAAAGGAAAAUGAAAAAGAACAGGUGUGAUAAAUUAUUGUUGUAUCAAUUGUAGUAAGUUAUGUUAAGAAAAAAUACUUUAAUUAUUUCAUCUCAGGUCUUUGAUUAAUUUUGGCUUCAUGUGAAAAGAAACCUUACAUUGUUAUUUGGUAUCAAUUGUAGGUAAAACAUAUUUUAUAGAAAAUAAGAAAAUUAAGCCUUUCGUUAUAAUUAAAUUUUAUGACUAAUGAGAUAAUUUAAAGCAAAUAAUCUCAGUUGAUUUAGCGAAUAAGGUUCUAUUGUCAGUUAUAUAGGCUAAUAUAUUCUUUUACUUGUUUCAGUCAUUUGACUGCGACUAUGCUAGAGCACCGCCUUUAAGUGAACAAAUCGUCCCCAGGACUUAGUCUUUGUAAGUCUAGUACUUAUUCUAUCGGCUUUCUGUGCUGAACCGCUAAGUUACGGGGACGUAAACAUACCAACAUCAGUUGUCAAGCAAUGGUGGUAGUUGUGGUGGGGGACAAACAAACCCACAAAUAUAUAUAUAUAUACAACAGGCUUCUUUGGUCAGCUUGAGGCUAUAAUAGAAGACACUUGCCCAAGGUGCCAUGCAGUGGGACUGAACCCAGAACCAUGUGGCUGGGAAGCAAGUUUCUUGCCGCACAGCCACACCUAAUUAUGUUUAUUGGAUCGUAUACAUUGCUAUUGGGAUUAUUAUGACAAUGUAUGGCCACUGCUCUUGGUAAGUUGAAUCUAUGACCAUGUUUGAAAUCUCAAUUACAACAAAUUGAAGGAGGCUUGGACAUGUAAUCCCAUUCCACUCUCCUAGAAAUACCUGGCUUAAGCAGGAAAUUUAUUUUCAUUAGUAUAAUUGAUUUUAAUCAAUUAUACACCCAAUCAUGAAAUUUUUACUGCUGUUGCUACUGAUAUUCUUGGACAAAUGCAUUUUCACAUUUCCUGAAGGAAAAUAUUUCUAUUUCACUCAAAUCAUUGUCUGUUCUCAUCCAAAAUGUGCCAGAUAUUGUACACUUUUUAUAAUUUUUUUAUGAACUUGUUUAUUACUCAGAUACAUGUUUCUUUCUAAAGUACUGUUAUUAUUGAAUCCAAUUGAAGCACUAGUUAUCAAGAAGAAAAAAGAAAAGAACUCCUGGGGACUGACAUAAAGAAACAAAAACUAUGAUAUUGUAGAUCUCUCCAUACUAAUGUAUUCCAAUCUUCUGCCAAAUGAACUUUUCUAUAUCUUUACUUGCCAUAUUUUUUGUCUUAGUAAUUACAGGGGGAAAAAAAAGGAGAAAAUUGAUACUUUUGAAAAUAUUUUACCACUUGUAUUGGAUUUAUCUGCACCAAUAAAUUUAACACUUCCAAA